AAUUCGUAACUGUUUUUAACGUGGAUGAAUUGAAAGAAACAUGGACUCAAAUUGUUGCAAUAUUAUUGGUAUCACCAUUUGCAAUGACAACAAUAAUUCUGAUGGCUUGGCCUUCCGCAACAAUUCCAAAACUGCUCAAAGACACUUCAUGGCACAUAACAGAAGAGGAAGCCUCGUACUUUACGGUGAUAACCUCAUCGUCGAUGAUAAUCGCCAGUCCAAUAAUGUCAUACAUUGUGGACAAAAUCGGACGCAAAUGGAUAAUCAUAUUAGGCGCCCUGUCACAGGUGAUGGCAUGGAUCUGCGUUAUGACAGCAGGAACGAUCUACAUAUUCUAUUUGUCCCGGAUCUUCGAUGGGAUCGGAAUCGCAGCAUUCUACGCAAGUGUCCCUGUUUAUUUAGGCGAGAUUUGUCGCCCUUGUGUCAGGGAAACGUGGACCCACAUCAUGAUUUUCAUGAUGUACCUGGGACCGCUAUUUGCGAACGCUUUAGGUAGUUUCCUGUCGGUUAGGAAUUGCGCUUUCGUGUUGGUGUUCUUGCCUGGCUUCACACUAAUCGCGUUCCCGCUUAUGCCUGAAUCGCCGGUUUAUCACACCAUGAACGAGCAGUACAAAAAGUCGAGGGCCUCGUUGAGGAUUUUCUCGAGGAAACGAGAUGUGGAGGAGGAUUUUGAGCAGUUGAAAAGGGACGUCGAACGACAGAUGUCUGAAACGGGAAGUUGGAAGGAUUUGUUCACGAUUAAAAGCAAUAAAAGGGCUCUGGUUGCGGGAAUUUUUCUAAAAUUUACGCAACAAGUUUCGGGAAUCACCGCAUUUCUGGCCUAUACUCAAAAAAUAUACGAAAAAUCGGGUCAAAAUUUUUCAUCAUCAACUUGUUCCAUUAUUGUAACUGGUUCGUUGUGUACGUUCAUUAUUUUGGGUACGUUCGUUUUGAACAAAUUCGGUUCCAGAUUGACUUAUAUGAUGUCGUUGUUUUGGUGCGGACUUACUCUUUCCGUCGAAGCCGCUUACUUCUACUUGGAUCAAUUUCAUCCUGAAAUCAAUUUGUCACGCGUUACCUGGAUACCACUUAUCGAUAUGAUCGUGUUCUCCAUUUCGUACGGAUCCGGCUUGGCCGUAGUGCCUGUAAUCAUGCCGGGAGAACUUUUUUCUGUCAGCAUCAAAGCCAAAGGGAUGCUGUUGCUGAACGUGGAAUAUGCUUUGUGUUUGCUUAUUUUCGGCAAGCUGUUUUUCUUUUUGGUUACUCAUUUCGGUAUGUAUUCUCCUUUUUUGGUUUUCAGUAUCGGUUGUUUUAUCUCCACUGCUUUGACAUAUUUUGUUCUACCCGAAACGAAUGGGAAAACCCUUGAGGAAAUUCAACAGUAUUUAGUAAUGAGUUAAAUAUAAAUAAUUCUCUUUUGAAUUCAAUGUCUUUUUGUGAAA